CUAGACCUGCAGAGAGGGCGUGGUCUACCUAAUCCAGAAGAAUCCUGUCAGCCUCAGAACCAGAUUUAAGAACCUCACAGACUGAGGGGAACGUAAACAGACACAAAGCAGACACUCAAAAUCAAAUUCUGUUUUAAAUCGUGCAUUUCUAUUUUUUCCUGUUGCUUUUGCUGGAUUAUUUUUAAUCUGAGGGGAGAAACCAGGCUGCAGAUUAGAAACAUGGCGCUCCUGAAGUCAGGCUGGUUGUGGAGACAAACUGCCGUCCUGAAACGCUGGAAGUUAAACUGGUGCGACCUCUGGAUCGACGGCAGCCUCUGCUUCUACAAGAACGACACAAGGAGAGAGCUGGAGCAAAGGAUCGGCCUGAAGACGGCGAGCAUCGACGUUCGGUCCGGCCUGGAAUGUGGAGGUGUGACUCCACCUGAGAGCAACCCCAGGGAGAACCUGAUCGUGGUCCAUCUCAGAGACGGCUCAACACUCAACCUGUGUGCCAACAGUGAAGACGAGGCUCUGGCCUGGAAGCUGACCCUGCUGGAGACCAGGAGGAACCCGGUGUUUGUGUACGACCCGUAUGAUGACUCGUACCAGGCCGUCCCCCUGAACUCCUACCACACGGUCUACAUCACACCUGGAGCAGGACCAGGAACCCAGCAGGUGGUCGUUCACAGGGAUCCCUUUGAUGGCAUUGCAGAAAGCGUGGCACUGGGAUUACUGGCGGGUGUGGCGGCGGGAGCGGCCAUGAGGUCCUUCCUCUGGAUGCCCUUCUUCUUCUGCUGACGACACCGAGACCAGAACCUCUGAGAGCUGGACCCUCAGCGUAGAGAAGCUUCUUUUUUUUUUUAAACAUUUUGCUUUGGUUCGUCUUUUUGCCUGUUGUGCGCUCAGGUUUUUGCAUUUUGCUGCACAUCAAUGAACUUUUCUAAAGAAAAAUUGUGAAUUAAUAGAAAUAAAGUUUCAAUUUGCUCCUGA